AUGAUCUUUGUCAAAAGGCUUCUAGAACUGAUGGAAAAAGUAUACAUUUCUGAGCAAAAAAAUACAUCAAAAAUAAACUACAAGAUUCCAGAACAAUUUACGACUCCUAAUGAAUGCAAGGUAGAAAUUGGUAAAGAAUCGGGCAUUUACAUGAAAAGUUCAACUAAGGCAUAUAUUGAAAUGAAUUCCUACACUGACGGAAAAUUUGAUUGGAAAAAAUUAGUGCGAUUAACAUUAUUAGAAAUCUACGGAUCUGAAAUAAGAAAAUAUAGUGCAACUGGAAGAGGAGUUAAUAGUCGCCCAGCUAUUAAUUAUCGAUUAUUUCAAGCAAUUUUCGAGUGGGCAGAAGUAUGGGGAAAAAAGGAACUACAAAACAACAAAAAAGUAAAAUUAAACGAGGAACAACAACAUCAACAACAAGCACCUCUCUAUGAACAUCGCUAUCAACAACAAUUACAAUCUAUAUCUCCAUCUCAGUUGCAAUAUCAAUCUCAUCAUGAUUCUAAACAUGAAGAUCUGAAAAAAGCUCAACCUGUCCAUCAAUCUCAAUUUGAAUCUCAAAUGUAUUUUCAGCCUCAGACAGAUCCUAAACAUCAACACCGACAACAAUAUCAACCCCUUUACCAACCUGACUAUCAACCUCAAUCUAAAUAUGAAUCCCGCUCUCAAUCUCAACCUGAUCCUAAUCCUCCAAUGAGACAAAAAUUGCAAUCUCUCGAUGAAUCUGAAUAUGAAUCACAACCUGAUCCUAAACCCCUAGUAAGGCAAAAACCUCUCUAUAAAUCUGAAUUCCACUCUGAAUCACAACCUGAUCCUAAACGUCAAAUGAGACAAAAACCUCAACCCGUCUAUGAAUCCGAAUCCUGCCCUGAAUCACAACCUGAUUCUAAACGUCCAAUCAGAAAUAAAUCUCAAUCUCUAUGUGAAGGUGAAAACCGCCCUGAAUCACAACCUAUUCCUAAACCCCUAGUAAGACAAAAACCUCUCUAUGAAUCUGAAUCCCGCUAUGAAUCACAUCCUGAUCCUAAACCGCCAAUGAGACCGAACUCUCAACCUCUAUAUGAAUCUGAAUCCCGCUCUGAAUCACAACCUUGUCUUAAAUCGCCAAUGAGAACGAACUCUCAACCUCUCUAUGAAUGUGAAUCCCGCUAUGAAUCACAUCCUGAUCCUAAACCGCCAAUGAGAUCGAACUCUCAACCUCUUUAUGAAUCUGAAUCUCAACCUGAUCCUACACCGCUAAUAAGACAAAAAUCUCAACCUCUGUAUCAACAGCCAUUUGAAAAUGAAUUUAAAUCCCACACUCAUUCACAACCUGAUCCUAAACAUCCAAAAAGACAACAGUUUCAACCUUUGUACCAACCUUACAACCAAGCUACACUUCAAUCCCAUUCUCAUUCAAAAUCUCAAUUCAAUAAUCCUAACCUAUAUUCCCAACAUUCAUACCAUUUAACGAACAAACCUUUUUCCUUUUCCCAACAAACAGAUGCAGCUUUUACCCACAAUUCAAACUUUCCCCACUCACCUAGUUAUAAUAUUAUUAACUUGAAAUAA